UCCAUUCUUGCAGGUACUAUGAGACGGGUUCCAUCAGACCAGGUGUGAUCGGCGGCUCUAAGCCCAAAGUGGCCACACCUACAGUGGUAGAUGCCAUCGCCAACUACAAGAAGCAGAACCCCACUAUGUUUGCCUGGGAGAUCCGGGAGCGGCUUCUGUCUGAUGGCGUGUGCGACCAGGAGGGAGUGCCGUCCGUAUCCAGCAUAAACAGAAUCGUCCGCAACAAGGCCGCAGAGAAGGCCAAGCACGGGCUGCCGGGGACGCUGUCGCCCGUGUCUCAAGCCACGUCAGUGAUCGCCCACGCCCCGCCCGCGCCCCACGAGACGGCCCUCCAGCGGCCGGGGUCCUACUCCAUCAACGGCAUCCUCGGCAUCCAGGCCCACACUGACCCCAAUGGCAACAUCAACAAGAGAAAGAGAGAAGAUUCUGGAACCCCAGAGGGCAGCCCCUCGGCCCACCCUCAGGCAGGUGUUGGAGAUGCUGGGGGAGCAGCCAUGACCUGGCACCACAAAAACAAUGCAGAAGGAGACAAGUACGACCACCGGGACCUCAACGGACACCACGAGGAUGACCUGAAACGCCAGAGAACCCAGUACAACGCCGACCCUAUAUAUACUAAUAUGUUAUGGCCGAAGCAGUGGUCGACGUUGAAGACGGAGGAGGCGGCCAAGACGCUUUUGCCUGACCUAGGAGGAGGAGUUCCUGGAGGAACGGCGUCGCCUUACAGUGUUCAAUCGUUUGUGGAUCACCCGACGAGUUACCCAUCCGUGUCAGCCGCUUCCAUCUCCACGGACGCUCUCUACGAGACUAUGUCAAUGACGCAAUCCAAUAGUAACCAUGUGUACUCGCCUCCGCUCGCCACCUCCCUCGGAGGGACCGUCUACACGCCCCUCAGCACCCCCCAGCCCACCUCCAACGCCGGCUACACCAACUCCCUGGCUACCCACUACCCGGAGCAAUCGUCAGCGUCGCCAGCCAACUGCAGCAGCGAGAGUGUCGCGCCCCUGGACAAUCUGGUGGUGGCGCCUUGCUCGUCGCCGCUCAAGGCUGACACGCCCUGCACCACAGCCCUCACAAUCCUACAGCCCGCCUCACACGCCCACGCUGCCACUCACCACGUCCAUGUAUCCACUCAUGCGCAUGCUCCUGCCCACGUGCACUCCUCAACGCAUGCCCACGUACCCAUGCACGCCCAUGUAGCGGCCACCCCUGAACCAACCUACACCGCUCUCCCGCCCAUCACCCAUUACUCAGGUACGGCCAGCAUAGGGGCGAUGACAGACUACACAUACACGUCCCCGUACACCCAGUACUCGUCGACGUACCCAGCUUACGGCUACGGCACCGGAGGGCUCCUUAGUAAGUAA